UCAGCGUGUGAAGGAGGCGGAGGCGACGCGGGGUGCCGGCUGCUCCCGUAAUCCGCCGCCGCGCACACGACCCCGGCCUGAGGCGGCGGCGGGCACAGACCCACCGAUUGCUGCGACGCCAUGGAGGGCGGCGGGGGGAGCGGCAACAAGACCACAGGGGGCUUGGCCGGCUUUUUUGGAGCGGGCGGAGCGGGGUACUCGCACGCGGAUUUGGCCGGCGUCCCGCUAACUGGUAUGAAUCCUCUGUCUCCUUAUUUAAAUGUGGAUCCACGAUAUCUCGUGCAGGAUACAGACGAAUUUAUUUUACCAACUGGAGCUAAUAAAACCCGGGGCAGAUUUGAGCUGGCCUUCUUUACCAUUGGAGGAUGUUGCAUGACAGGGGCUGCAUUUGGAGCAAUGAACGGUCUUCGGCUAGGAUUGAAGGAAACACAGAACAUGGCCUGGUCCAAACCAAGAAAUGUCCAAAUUUUGAAUAUGGUGACCAGGCAAGGAGCACUUUGGGCUAACACUUUAGGUUCUCUGGCUUUGCUCUAUAGUGCAUUUGGUGUUAUCAUUGAGAAAACACGAGGGGCGGAAGAUGACCUUAACACGGUGGCGGCCGGAACCAUGACGGGCAUGCUGUAUAAAUGUACAGGUGGUCUUCGAGGGGUAGCCCGCGGUGGUCUCGCAGGACUAACAAUCACCAGCCUCUAUGCUCUGUACAAUAACUGGGAGCACAUGAAAGGCUCUUUUCUUCAGCAGUCACUUUGAGGAUUGUGCCAACUGGUGAGCAGAGGACACUUCAGUAGUAACCCAGAUCCAAUUACAAGUCAGUCUGGAGUUAUGCUUUAUCAACAAUUAGUUUGAAAAAUUGGAGGUUCUGAUUUGCUAUGAAGAUCAUGGAUGGCUGACCAGGACUGGCACUCCGUCCAGCCCUUAGUGAGCUGAUGCCAAAACCCUUUGGUGGCACACUGAGUCACGUGGUUCUCUUCACUCGGAGAGGAAAUCGUGUACCUGCUCUUCUCUCUCCUACCCCUGAACUGGAAAACCACUUACUCUCAGAAUUCAAGUCAUGUUUGUCAUCAAUAUUAUGCCACCGAGAUUAUUAAUUUAAUGAUUCAAAACUGUAAUGUUGCUCUGUGUUCUGAAUAAAGGGUGAAAAUGAACCAAAGUCGUAACUCCAACAAACAUAA